AAGUCAUAAAUGUAUGUAUAUACAUAAGUACACAUUCGUUCGAUAUAUCUCGAGAUUUGAAAAAUUCGGUUACUCAUUUUGGAGUUGUAGACAGUUGUACGAAAAGAAGAGUGCGUAAACAAGCAAAAGUUAACAUACGUUCUGAUCCUUUUUUUAUUUAUACAUAGUAUUAAAAAUGUCCGCAUAUUCACCUAGAAAUAUAAAUCAUAGAGUUAUGAAAAGGGGUAAUGAUUUGUCGAAAUUUCAAGAAAUUUUGAGACAGAAAUGUCACCAACAAAUGCGAGAAAGACGAGGCCAGUUGUUUAAUAAAGGGAGGUCUGGCUUAUUUCCUGUCCCGAAUGUGCAGGAAACAUUAACAGAAAUAGUUCGACAAGAAUUCAACAAGUUGGCUACUGCAGAGAAGUCUGACAUCACCAUGAGUACAAAAACAAUAAUUAACAGUCCAUUAAAUCAAGAUGAAGCAUUAAGAGAAGAGAGUGAACUACUUGCUGAAGAAGAGCAAUGGAUUCUGCAAGAAUAUGAAAGACUGAUGCACAGUGAAGAAGAGAUGUUCGAUACACUCGAAGAUGAGGUAAUAUGUCCCAUGUGCCAUAAGUCAUUUUUGGAAGAGAUUCCUGACUUCAUAGUUUGCAGCUCCUGUGGAUUAAAAAUUCGAACUGAAAUAACUCUUACCAAGUUUAAGUAUAAUUUAGAAUCGCAUGUAAAUAUGCAUUCAGAAAGAUGUCUAAAAGUUCCUGAUUUUUCUCUCGUAUAUGAGAAUGAUCAUGUGUCUCUUGGUAUAACAUGCUUAACAUGUUCAUGUUUUUAUUUAGUUAGUACUAUGGAGCCAUAAAAGAUAACACUAAAUAUGUUACAUAUUAGUGAAAAGUUAAAAAAUCAAGUACAAAUAUUUAUGAAAAGACUUUUUUGAUUAAUGUUACAUGAAUUAAUUAUGAUAAACUUUAUUUAAAGAUAAUGUAUGUAUUAAUUGUAUAAAAUUAUUUUUUCUACUGUAUUUUUAGAUCAAUUCAUUAAAUUAUAGAGUUGGAGAAAUGAACAGGUCGAUGAUAAAGACCACAAUAGCGAAUUGAAAAGCCACAUUUUCUGUUAUUUUCAUAUUAUGUUAAAAUUUCUUCAUCAUUGUUAAUACUGUGAUAAAAUAUUUAUAAAUUGAAGUUUUUUCACACUUAAGAUUUCUGCAGGCAGAUCACUUAAUGAAAUCAUAAUCAAAUAAGGAAUAAUUUCAUAAAAUGUUGUUAAAGUACUGAUGAAUUUUUGAACAAUAUUUUUUGAAUGAUGUACCAAUAUGUUACCUAAUUUUGUAAAUCAUGAAUAUUUUUCUCAACUGUGUGUACAAAACUAGAAGAAAAUAGCUAGUAAGAUAGUAAAUUGUUGAAUAAAUAUAAUAUCAAUCAAUCUUUAGCAUAAUUAUAAUUUACAUGGUUGAAUAUUGAUAAUGAAUUGUAAAUUAAUUUUUUGUUUUCUAAUAAAAAAACUUAUUCAUCUA